GGGUGUGGGAUGCUGUGCCCUCCCUGCCCGGUGCACCUGGCAGUGCUGUGAGGCUCAGCCACGUACAGCCAUGGAUAAACAACAGCCAUGGGUUUGCACAGGUUUACUUAGCUCUGGAAGUGCAGAAGAGCUGGGUUUUUUUCUUCCUUUAACUAGAAUUGCCAACGCAAAUGCAGCCUUCAGUUACAUGGAUUUCCACAACGGCAGGAAGUUUUGAUGCAAAGCAAAAGGGGAAGAAGCACUAAAACAUUGUGACCGCUUCUAAGGAAGGCUGUGUUGGAGCUUUAAAAACAAGUGCUGAGGUCCGUGCUUUGCAGAGCUUUGGAAGGAGUCCUCAUCGUUUGCAGCUCCGUGCAGUGAGCGUUUGCUGUCAGCCUCCCACACUAACCAGCUCCCUCUGGGCUCCGAGCGGAGCACACCUUAACCAAGAGUUCACUGUGUCCCGUUAAUUCUUCAUAGUUAAAUCGUCCCCCUAUCAGCUCUGGUACAACAAUAACGUAGCAGGAGCAGUUAACCCUUUGGGGCCCGCGGGGUGCGAGUGGUGGUGGGUGUGUUUGGAAGGGCCUCAUCCCCGGGGUGCAGCGCUGUGGUCUGGAGGAGCGUAUUGAUGAAGUCUCCUGUCCGUGGAAAAGGGAGAACCAGAAACGGCCGAUUCCCGAAUGUCUGUGUCCUUCAGCCUGCUUUUCUGUGCCAUAACGCGUAUGUUACGCUCUAACUUCGGGUGAGGUCCCCACGGGCUGGGUGCAGCCGCUCACCAUUUGCAGAUGACAAACUGCCUGUGUUUUCCUUGGGUUGGGGGGGGCUAAGGCAGAGCAAAUGUCUCACGGCCACCUUUGCUUUAAACAGACGCAUUUCUAUCUGCAGGAGUCAGAGUUAUUUCACUUACUGGCAUAGCUGGACAGUUACCUAUUUCUUUCUGUUACCCAGGUACUUGUAACUCUCUUGCACUGUUUAUCUAAAGUUAAAACAUGUUCUUUGAAUCCUUGUAUAAAUAAAAAGGCUGGAGACAAAUCUGUACCUACGGGGCACUUUACUUCUCCACGUAGCUGAGUUUGGUUUCUUCUUCCCUUUUAAGGCAUUCUUAAAGGCCCAUUCAGCAGUCCUGGGGGAUGAGCCCUUGCGUGGAACCUCCUGGUUUGUCAUGGGUUUUCCUCACCAGCAGUCCUAUGUAACUUGGUAAAACAAGAGCUAGGGUUUUGUGUGUGCAGCGUGCGUGCAAACCAGACACAGCGACUGCAGGCCAUCAAAGCACGUAUUCCCAACAUUCUCAUACAAAGGCACAAAAAGUCACGGCAUAACAGCACACAGAACAGAAGUGCCCUGGGUCUGUCACAGCCAGGUGUUGGGCUCGUUGCCUACAGUGGCCGUGUAGCAGUGCAGCUGUUGGCAGAGCACAGAGGUGGAGCUGAACACAGGGCCGCCGCAGGGAUGUGGAUGUGCCAUCCCACGCAAGAGCUGGAGUCUGAGUGAUUCAGCAGAAGGAUCUGUGCUUCGUCUCUGCACCUUCCCCCUUCUAGAAGUGGAUGGGUGCACUUGUCAAAAGCCACUUGGCAACAUGUCAAAAGCAGCUAUUGAAGUGUCAGAGCGAGAGCUGGUAGCUGGAAACUACAAAACCUAAGUGCCUGCAUGCAGAUAUCACUCCCAUCUCAUACAAGGAGUGAUCCCUCUAACUGAGUAGGUAUUUCUUUAGCUCAGUGUCCUGCAGUUCCAGCUGUCCAGGUGCCAUACGCACAGAUUUUAUAAAUAUGGGCAAAUGUGGAGAUAGUGGUCUUCUGCUGGAGUUAUUUGCAGAGCAGUCACCUUCUUUGCCUUCUUUGUGCCUGAUGACAACUUUAAAUAACAGUGACUCGCAGCUCUGUGUGGAUUAAAACCAUCUGCAAACGCCUCUGUUGGUCUGUAAGUAUGCUGAACACCACACAGCUGCAAACUAACUGCCACGGCAUUGCCAAGUGGGGAGGGAUAGCACUCCUGCCAUGACAGACCCACCGCAGGGCAACUGCCUGCAGAUGUCAUCCCCUGGAGCCCCCCUAACCAUCCGCAGCCCCACAGUGAGGUACCCCCGGUGCAGGAGCCGUGCCAUCUGCUGAUGCUGAAGGUGAGCGGUCCCAGCCCCGCGCUGUCAGCCCCACAAACUCAGAGCAACCACCAGGCUACUGCUGCCAUUGGCUCAGUGGAGCGUUCUUACCCCUCAAGGAAAAGUUGCAGCUUUGGUGCCAAGCAGCCACGGCACAAAGAAAACCCUCAGCAGCAGCUCUGCAAGCUGUGGGGCACAGCACUGGGCUGCUCUACCUGGGUGAGCAGAGUGUCCUCCCACCUCCAGCAGCAGCCAUCCCGGACACACCACUCUCACCAGAGAGGCACGGGGCGGGGGACGUGUGGUGCCCCCAGAUGGAAGGGGACCGGGCCCUGCCAAGGCAACAAGGGGCCCUGUUGUGUCACGGCUUCCGCACCAGCCCCGCGGGCAGCCCCCCAUGGCAAAGUGCUGCACCAUGGGGAGUGGACACAGGAAGGCAGGGUGCUCCCGCUGGGGUGCCCGAGUGCGCUUCCCACUGCCUCUCCCUGUGGGCAAGCACCGUGCCCGGGGCACAGGGCCACGGAAGGACUUUUGGGACACUGGCUGGGGGGGCCCUGUGGUGCCGCCUUUCACUGCUGCAGGCUGCAGGGCUGCGGGUGCAGAGCGUGACUCGGCCUUCACUUGCUGCCCAGUGAGAGCCGCCGUCUGGGACACCGUGGCUGCCCACGUCCGCCAGCAGCUCCUGCAGCGCAAGGGCAUUCGCAUUCCCACCCUUGGCUCCUUUGACACCAUCCUCGAGCGGGUGCGGGUUGGAGCUGGCCACCUGGCUGUGCAGAGACCUGUCUUCUACCUGGCCAGGAACCUCGCUGAAGGUCACUCCCUGACGAAUUACGAGGCAUACGUGCCAGGCAACAAAGUACUGCAGCCUCUGCAGUAUGCUCGGAUAGCUGCAGCCACCUUCGUGUCUCCAAAGAGAGUGGUGAGGUGCAUCCAGGCCACCAUGUCCCUCUUCUCUCGCUGCAUCGCACAGGGAAGGAACGUCGCACUCAUCCUGAGGGACAUUGGUGUGCUCCUCAUCGAAGGUGCCCAAGUGCAAAUGAAAUACUACUGUGACUUCCUGGAAGUGAUGGCAGGGAAAGACACCCUCAAAGAAGUUCUGUUGAGAGUGCCAGGGGUGCCGAGCUCAGCGAUCCCUCACUCAGCAGCUCCUGCUUCCCUGACGCGUUCAGGCUGCAUCAUCGUCUUCCCAGAGUUUGAACUGCAGUGUGUUCAUCACAUAGCGCUCAGGCACACAAGGAAGCCCACGAAAGGCAGGCGGAAGGAGGCAGCGCGGGACAAGGAUGGGCGUGCCGGGGAGCAGCGCCAGAGGCCUGCAGGGAAGCGCCCUCGAGCAGCAGAGCCUCCAGCUCAGCACGGCGCAGCCAGGAGCGCAGCCCUGGGGGGCAUUGCCGGCCACCAGGGCCCCAGACUGAAAGGCACUUCCCUGGCCAUGAAGGCCUUCCUGCAGCCAGGCACCCAGAGCCUGGUACGAAGGCAGUGACAGGACGAGGUGAUGUCAGCCUGCAGGUGGGAUGCUCAGCCCUGUGCUCGUGCCAGCUGCCGCCCUCACAGUGGGGCUGGGGUCACUGGCACGCUGCUGUUGGCCGUGUGAUAGCACGUGUGUGCAGGUCGGCUUCUUAGCUCUCUGCUAUGAAAUAAAAUUGUGCCUUUGCGCCA